AUGGGUGCCUGUCAGGUAUCUCAAUCUGCCCUAGCCACAGGUGGAGUGGGAGUGGGGGUGGGGCUGUUGCUGCGGUUCAAGCUCUGGAAUGAUGCAAAGAAGGAGGUUGCUCGUUUGAAGGCGGAGGGGCGGCUGGAGGAGGAGGUAGCAUCGGUGCUGCAGCAGAUGGCGGAGCAGGAGGGCAGAGAGGGGAGGCGGCAGGUGCAAGCAGAGCAGGUACUCAAGACAUCAGUUGAUGACGAUGCUGACGGUGGUGCUGCUGGAAGUGAGAGCACGGAUGCUGGUGGUGCUGGGGGAGACGAGGUGGGGGUAGGAAAGGGGGAAGAUGUGAUCGUCCUAGCGGCCGGCACGGCGCAUCGUCGCCGGAAAUGGCCGGAAGCGCGUCCUCUCGUCUCUGGACGCGUUACACGCAAGGCGCUGGUGCUUAUAAAGGAGCUGAAAACGAAGCCGCCUGCUAACGAGGAUGAGCUGCAUCAACGGCUUCAAAACUGGGUGAAGGGCGUGCGACCACACCGCAGGGAUUUGAUCGACACGAUUAAAGAGAUGGACACGGCUGAUACCAGGGAGCUGCUAUGCCAGGUCAUGCAGUGGUCUCUAUCAGAGGAAUGGUACGAGGCUGACGCUCGGGACUACACGAAGCUGGUGGAGAGGUUCGGCAAGGACGGGCGGCUGGGGGAGAUGGAGCGAGCAUUCACAGGCAUGGAGGCGGAUGGGAUAGCUCCGGAUCUGAUCUCCUUCUCUGUGAAGAUCAACGCCUAUGGGCGGGCCAAGCAGGUGGAAAAAGCCGAGGCAGCAUGGGAGGAGAUGCGACUGCGAGGCAUAACCCCCGACGCCAAGGCAUACACCACGAUGAUGACUGUGUAUGGCAAGGCGGGGCAGCCAGACAAGGCAGAAGAGCUGCUAGACGCUAUGCUCGCUGCUGCCUGCAAGCCCUCCCCCGUCACUCUGUGUUCGCUGGUUACUGCGUUUGGGUUGGCUGGUCGGCCUGAUGACGCCCAGAGGGUGUUUGACAAAGUGCUGGCCCAGACGGACAUAAAACCGGACUGCCACGUAUACACGGCCCUCUCAGCCGCGUUCGGCCUGAAUGGACGCACAGACGAGGCAGUGGCAGUCUUUAAACGCAUGCUGGCUGCGGGGCUGGCCCCUGAUGAUCGCUCCGUGGCACGGCUGGUGGAGGCGCAUGGCACCAUGGACCGACAGCUGGACAGACAGCUCGCACUGCUGGCUGUGAAGCUGGUGUUGGAGCUGGAAGGAGCGGCCAUUCGGCCAGGCGUUGAGACCUACACUGCUCUCAUUUCUUUGUUUGCCAGCCACGGCCUUGUGAGGGAAGCAGCGGAGGUGUUUGAGGAGAUGCAGAGCGUGGGGUUACAGCCCAACGCCAGGACGUACACUCGUCUCUUUCAAGCAUACGUGCUCGCAGGGAACUUGGACAAUUGCUCCCAGGUACGGAAGACGAUGCAGGUGCUGGGAUGGACACUCAACCCACCCAUUGUUCGGGGCAUGGUUCGGGCACUGGUGGCAGGGGGGCAGAGCGGUGCUGCUGCAGACUUGGUGAGAGAGGCAGAGGAGGAGGAAGGGGUGGUGGUUGAUGGGGAUGUGAAGGAGAUGGCUCAGAUCCGUAAUCUUCCUUCUUCGCCUCGCAUUAUGGCUUUCUCUAAAGUGUCGUGCUUCGCCGUGCUGCUGCUGGCGGCAGUCUUUGCUGUCUCCCUCUCGCAUUCCGAGGCUGCGCGCAACCGCCCGUACUGCCGCUUCGACGGGAAGCUGGUGGUUAGCAACCUCGUCAAGGAGCUCACGGCGGCCGGGAACUACUCGACUUUGAUCGCCGCGCUCAAAAAGACAGACCUGGACAAGGACCUACCCGACCUGUUCGACUGCUACGAGGCGACGCUCUUCGCGCCCACGGACGCGGCGUUUGAGGAGCUCUCGAACGACACGAAGAAGGCGAUUAAAGACGACAAGGUGCUGCGCGAGGUGCUGCUGCUGCACGUGGUGCAGAAGAAGUUUACUGCCGCCGAGCUCAUGGCACUGCCCCAGGGGAAGCAGCUCAAGGCGGCAGCAGGCGGGUGCAAGGCUCGUCUGGUGAAGGUGUCAUCUCGCGGCGCCCAGCCAGUCGAGGUGCAGGCCAAGGACGGCCCGCAGGAAGCUUCCGUGGUGGCCGCUGACGCCAUCUCGCUGCGAGUGGUGCAGGUUCACGGGGUGGAUGACGUCAUCCUGCCCAAGACCCUGCAGAAGGGCGAUGGGGACUCACUCAAGCCCACCAAGUGCGUCGCCUGGCGGGCUUAG